CGGGAGGUUUGGAGUUGGACUGUUUUCUCUUGAAGGAGUUGGGAAGUCAAACGUUCAAAGCUUUUGUGACACUUCUCGAUUAUACGGUGACACAUUCAACUCCUAAUUAAAAAUGAUGCUAUUGCUUAUUUAGAUCAGUAAACAAAGCAACGAAUAUAGGAGGAUAUCCUCUUUUUAAAAAGAAAUAUAUACACGUAUAUUUUAAAACAUAUAUACUUUUUUAUAGAAGCGAUUUUGAACCUAGUGAUUGAAAAAAGAAAGGAACUAAAAUGGACAAACUGGUAAUAAAUAAACUGAAAAGUUUUGUCGGACAGCCUUGGUCAGCAUUGACGAGUUAUUUCAACCACACGAUUCUUCCAGAUUUGGCAGACGAAGCAGUGGAGCCGGUUGGUCGAAUCGAAACUCAUUCAGUGAGGCUGAAUAAAGAGGAUAUGGCUAUAUUUGGUUACUGUCCAGCUGCAGAAGUUUUUGAAUUAGCAAUUUGUAAUUUUUGCGGUGAUAAGUUCAAAAUUCCUGCUUUAGCUGAUCACAUAAAUUUAAAACAUGAAGAUGGAAAGUGUUCUACGUUAAAGAUAAGCGAAUAUGAAAAGAAAUAUGGAAUGUUACAAUCAAAGAAAAAAGGUGGCCGCCAUAAAAAGGCUAAUAUAAAAGAAGAAAAAGAAAAAUCUCCCGAGGAAGAUAAUGCACAAGCAAAAGAGUCUGUGGGAAAAUCACUCGAACAACUAAUUGAUGUAAAAAUUGUCCUAAGGGAAUCAAUUCCCACUCCGACACCAUCCACUCCUAUUCAUACUUCAACCCCUACUACUCCUACCCUUUUAUCCCCAUCUACUCCUAGUUCCAGUUCGUCGUCAACAUCAACAAGUAUAUCUACACAAAUUCCUUUGUCAACACCAACUGUAACCCCUGUUGGCACUCCAGUAAACACUCCUUCUGUCACUCCAUCUUCUACACCUAUUAAAAGUUCACCGGAACUUUCUAGAAAAAAUAGUACUUCUACAAAUAUUUCUACGGAAAUUAAAUUGAAACAGAUAAAGAAUAAAAUUAAAAAGGCCAAGUUGUCAGAGAAGCAUAGUUCAAGUGGGAAAAGUGGCAAAAAUUUAAGUGUAUUAUCCUCAAAGUUGAAAGAUAAAUCAAAGGAGCUGAUUCCUAAAAAGACAAACAUUACUAAGAUUGAAAGUGCUAGCUCUCCAAAAGACUCCUCUUCCUUUAAGGAUUGUGAGCAAGGUCCUAACAUGCAGCCAGUUGUACAACUAUCACCAUUGGGGAGUAUUUCAAAAAAUAAUUCUUCACUUGAACAGAAAAAGAAAGGAAAAUUAGGUACCAAGCCUUCAACAAUGCGUGAUCGUAUAUAUAAUCCCGAUAAGCAUUGUGGUGUUGUUUCGGGAAAGGAUAAUGCGAAACCAUGUACUCGUUCCCUUACGUGCAAAUCACAUUCAAUGACAUUGAGGAGAGCUGUAAAAGGAAGAAGUAAAGCGUUUGAUAUCCUUUUAGCCGAUCAUAGGGCAGAAAAGGAACAAAUGAGGAAAAACCAUGUUAACAUUCAAAUUUUAAGUGAUGGUGAUAAAAGCAAUGAUAGUUCUACAAAUUUAAAAAUUACUCUUGAAAAGCCGGCUGUGUCUACACCACCAAAGAUUGAAAACUGUGAUAAACAAAAAAUAAUUAAAGGGACCACAAUUCAGGAUUAUUCCAAGCUAAGUCUUCCGGUCUCAAUAAAGAAUCCUUCACUCCUUAAGCAAAUUCAAAUGACUUGUGAUGAAGUAAAUGACGAUCGACAAAAUAGUCAAUCACCGAAAUCACAAAAAUUUGAACAAGAACAUCAGAGUCAACAAGCUCUGACUAUUCCUAACGAAUCAGCUCAAGCUAAAGUUUUAACAAAUGAACAAUGCCAACUUCAAAAAUCACACACCCAACUACAGCUUCAAUUGCAAUUAACUUCUCAAAGCCCACAAGCUCAGCCUCAACAACUCCAGGAACAAUUGAACCAGCAGCAGCAAGUGCCAACACAGCACACAGCUCAGGAAGAACAGUCAUCACAACAAUCUCAGCAAUUGUUUGUCAGGCAGCAACAAAAACAGCUCCAACAAUUGCAGUUGGUCCAGCAAAAGUUACAAGCGCAACAACAACAGCCAACACUUCAACAAAGUACUAUAAAGGUUAUUCAACCACAAGUCACAAAUCUCCAGCAAACUAAAAUUCUAGCGCAACAGCUUACACAACAAACUCAACAAGGCCAGCCAGCAAAGCAACCCCAACAGCAGACAUUGCAAUUUCAGCAAUUACAACAACAAAAGCAACUUAUUCAACAACAGCAAAUACAACUUCAAAAACAUCAACUUCAGCAAAUGCAAUCACAAUCAUUGAUUUAUAAACAUCAAGCACAAAUUCUGUUGCACAGACAGCAACAACAAUUUUUGCCACAGGGUGGCCAGUUCAGUGUAGUUACAAAUACUGGUACAGAUUUUAAAAGACAAGUACGAAAUGUGAUACUGUUUAGAACAAAAGAAAAUGGCAGGGAAAUAGGAAUCAUUAGGCCACCAUUUUUAACUAGUGCAAUAGGUGUCAAAUUACAUCAUGCGCCAAUAAGAGCAGUAUUACCACCGCCAACUAUGCAGCCUCCGCCUCAACCCCCAACACCACCGCCACCAAAAACAGAAUCUGACUGUGAUGAAAGUGAUACUGAGACCCAGGAUGAUGCUGCAAAUCCCAAUGCUGUUAAAAGCAUAAUUGAAUGGUGGCAGCCAGGAUUUAAGCGCAGUCGAGGCCUUUGGAUAUCGAAAACUGAAAUUCCGCACAAGAGAGCGAAAUACAAGAAUAAAAAUUUGAAACUGGCUUCUAAAAAUGUUGUUUCAAACAAUUUUAUGGAUCUUACUAAGAAUGUUGCGUCAGAUGUCAAAUUUCAAGAAAUCAAAAAAGCUAACAGUCACUUACUGAGGCAUCUCUCAAAUAAUUCCCAUGUAACGAAUAAGGAAGAUAUAAUUAAGAUUCCACAGAUCACUCCAGCAGAUUUAGAUCAUUACAGAAGAGUACACAAAAGACCAAAGCGGUCGAGGAAUUUUUUCUUAUUUAAUAGUCCAGGAAAAAUGAGAAAAAGUGAUAUUCCUACAAACCUAGUCGGUCCAAUACACAUUUCUCCAGCAAUUAAUUUUACACCUGUUGUUCGCCUCGCUUUAAGUAACAACAUUGUCAACCCUGUUCUACAAGUGCGACAUAAUCCUGCCAUAGGUGGUACACCAGCUUUCAACAGUGUUACACCCAAUGGUUCCCUCAAUUUAGGGUACCCUGGAUUGCAUUACAUUACAUCUUCAGGUCCUUUCCCGAUUGCAAUACAUCAACUGCCAGAUUUGCAUCAAAAACUUCAACAGCAAGUAAUAAAAUAAAAGAAGAAGCAAACUGUAAAUAGCGCUAAGUAUUGCAAGUAUUCUAGCAUCGUUUUUUUUUAAUUAUAUGCAUAUUUAUCAUUACUUUAGUAUGUAUACAGUGCUCAUAUUUAUAAGUUUCGUUAGUGCAUAUUUCUUCACUUGUAAAAUUCAGAAUAUCUAAAUUUCUAUUAUUUUUUACAAAUUUUCUUCCAUUUUUUCUUAUAUAUAUUAUAAUAUUAGUUGGUGUUACAUUAUCUUUAUAAUAAUGAUAUAACAAGAGGAAGAUGAUUUGUUGCAAUUAUUAAGGCGGAUCCUAUGUGGAUUGCUUUAGUUUUGUGAGAUUGUUUCUGAAGUGUAUCACUAUUAAUUGAGAGGAAACAACCAUAGUUGGAUUCAAAGAUAUUCUGGAUAGUAGUGUUGGAAUGGUUGGGUUUCAUCAUCAUCCACACAGCCGACAUAAAUCAAUCCAAACUCAAUAUUGUCACAACAGCCUUUAGGGCAUUUUUAUAUUUAAAAAAAAAAUUAUUACCUCAAGCUGACUUUAGUUGACAGUUUUUUAGAUAUAUUAAAAUGUUUUUAUUAAACCAUGCUGAUAAAUAUUAUUUUGGAUGUAAAAUAUGCCGAUUAUAUUUAUAGUUGUAUUAAUUCAACAUUUAAUUAUUUUAAAUUAAAAUUUUAUUGAGAUUAUUAAAUAAAGAUGUUUUAUUUAAAUAAAUAAAAAAGUAUUAUACAGUGUGAUCAUUCCUGGGGCUAGCUGUUUUGUAUGUUUAUCAUGGCCGUACUGUUAAACUGUAUAAUAUCGAAGCAAAUGUAAUUGUACAGCUUUUUAAAGAAAAAGUUGAUAUGUAUUUAUGACAUGAUGUAUAUAUAUAUAAAAAACUGUUUUAUUCAAAUGUGUUCAGAUUAUUGACUCAAUUAUAAUAUUUAAUAAUAAUAAUUUAUUUAAUAUAUUAUUUUUUGUAAUUUUGUGUUGUUGUAAAGCUAGAAAAAAGAUGGUAUAGAUCAGUAAAGUAGUAUCUCUGUUUUAUAAUUGUUUUCUCAGUCGAACCAAUUCAAAAUAUUUGUUUAUUAACAAUUAUUAUUCUUACUUUUAGGUUGCAAAUAUUUAUGGGAAUUUAGCUGUUUUAUGUGUAGGUGUCUUGCCUUAAUCAAUACUUACAAUUCAUUUUAUUUUAUUAAUUUUUUUAUUAGUUAUGCUCAAAUCCGUGUUUUAAAGUUAGUUUUUAAGGAGCAUGUGUACUGCUAUGAAAGUUGAUUCGGAAAUAGGAGGAUUGGAGGUUUUUGAUUAAUGAAAACACAGAGACGUGUUGAAUCAAUUUGGUUCAUGAGAAUAAAGGAACUUAGCACUUAAGAAAAAAUUAUUAUUAUUAAUGUAUAUAUUAAUGUAAAUUAGGGUUGGAAAAUCAUUUUCUGCCACAAUUUUAAUGUUUGGAUCCUGUGUAUAUGUACCAUUAUAAAGGUCUAUAGCUAUCACUGUUCAAGUAGAGGAAACAAUUAACAAUGUUUGGAAAUAUCUUUUUAAAUGACAUCGUUGUUAAACAUUUUGUUUUAAUUUAAAGGCUGUGAUAAUUUAGUUGAACCUAGUGCAUAGUUGUCUAGCAAGAAUAAAAAUAUUAAUUUUUGUGUGUAAAUAAUGUUUUUUAUUAAUUGAAUUAAUGUAUAUGUGCCAAAGAUUUUCAAUGUUAAUAUGUGUAGAUUUGUAACUUGCAGUAAUAUCAUAGUACUUGUAAUUACUAAACAUUAUAAAGUAACAAAAAUAGUAUUUUUUGUUAAUAGUUUAUAUUUAUGUAUAUUACUCUGUUCUCUCAGUAUUAUGAUUUUAAUGACAACAAAUCAUUUUAAAAUGAUUUGAUAUUUAAAAAUAGGAAUUGAGGUGUUAAGGAGUUAAUUAUUUUCAUCUCAAUUUCAGUAUUUGAAUUUCCAAAAUUUCCAAGUAAUAGUUUAAAUGAAGAUAAAAAUGAUUCAACAUUGUGAUUUAUCCACAAAUGUAAACAGAAACGAAUUGGCAAGCCGUAAUAAUUGCACAUUAAAGGCGAGAAUUUUUACUUUAAAA